CCCAGCCUGGGUUCGUCGCGUUGCCUUGUCCCGCCCCGCCCGGUUCCCGCGGCCGCCGCCAUGGCGGAGGAGCCGGCCUGCUGCGCCGUCAGCGUCUCCGGCCCGGCCAGCGGCCCCUACAGCUGCAGCGCGGUGGUGCUGAGCUGCCGCCCUGGGCUGGUGCUGUGCCAGGGCGCCGUCUUCGCCCCGUUCCUGCGAGAGGGCCCCGCUGCCUGGGCGCAGCGCCGUGCCCUGCUCCCCGCCGCCUUGCAGCCCUGCCCGCGUCUCCUCGUGCUGCAGCCCCCGCCCCGCGGCCUCGACGCCGCCAUGCAGCAGCACGAGGCGCGGCUGCUGGCGCUGGUGCCGUGCGGCGCCUUCCGGCGGGCGCUGGCGCGGAUCUUCAGCCAAGCGGAGCAGUGGCGCUUCGGCGGGGAGGCGGUGGGCGACGAGCAGCGGGCCCUGCACUGGUUUGCCUGGCUGCGGGUGCCCGGCCUCGACUCUCCCACCCGUGGCUGGACGGCCCGGGCAAGCGCCAGCUGCCUGCGCAAGGGUGAGGGCCUGCUGGCCUGCGGCUCCCCCUUCGGCACCCUCUGCCCCGACCUCUUCCUCAACACCCUCAGCAAAGGGGUGGUGAGCAACCUGGCCGGGGAGGAGAAUGCCCUCAUCCUGACCGACGCGCGCUGCUUGCCCGGCACCGAGGGCGGCGGCGCCUUCCUGCCCUCUCCCACCGGCCCCUGCUUGGUGGCAGUCAUUGCUGCCUCCUUUUGCUGGAAGGGCGCUGAGUGGGUCGGGCUUACCCUGCUCUGCUCCCUCGCUGCCAUCCUGCGCAGCAGCACCAGCGUCCUGGACACAGCCGGUGUGGCGGUGCCACCGAUGCCGGUGGCGGCAGUGGUGCGGGCAGGAGGCGGACAGGACCGCCUGGGCUGGGCAGCGCUGGUGGAGUGCGGAUCAGCAUGGGGUUCAGGGGUGCUCCUGGGCCCCCAGCUGCUCCUCACCUGCCGGCAUGUGGUGGAGACAGGGGUCCCACUCCGGGUGACGCUGGCGCCCAGCCCUGGCCGGGCUGCCACUGUCCUUGGCGGGCGUGUGGUGUUUGCCACUGAGGAAUCGUCCCCCUUUGACGUGGCAGUGGUGGAGCUGGAGGAGAGAGUGCCAGGCUUUGCCCCCCUCCGCCUAGCUGACACCUUCCUCCCAGGAGAGGAGGUGAGCGUGGUGGGCUUUGGGGCGCUGGGGCAGGCGUGCGGCCCCUCGGUGACAGCGGGGGUCCUCUCAGCCGUGGUGGUGGUGGCCAAGAUCCCUGUCAUGCUGCAAACCACCUGCGCCGUUCAUGGGGGCUCCAGUGGUGGCCCUCUCAUCUCCUCCCAGAGCGGACGCCUCCUGGGGAUCGUAGCCAGCAACACCCGGGACGCCAGCGCAGGGGCCACCUACCCCCACCUCAACUUCUGCAUCCCCAUCACCAUCCUGAACCCCCUCAUCGUGUGUUACCAACACACUGGCAAGCCCGAAGCCUUUGCCGGGCUCAACCGGGCAAGCGAGGGGGUGCGGGCUGCCUGGCGGCUCCAGAGGCAGCCCAGACUGCCCAGCAAGCUCUGACCCCUCGUCCUAGGCAGCUCAUGCAAGGGAUGGAGGUGACAUUUCCUUGGUGGUGUCGGGGCCAAGCACUGGAGAGAGUGGGUGGGGGAUGCAACAAGGUGCCUUUGCCAGAUGCUGGCAACCCCAAACUGGGGAGGUUUGGGGGUUUGUUUCGGUUUAUUUUAUUUUCUCCCUGGAGCCAUAAAAGCUGUGAAUCGA